AUGUAUCCCAGAAAGGAGUAUCCCCAGAUGGUGGGGUCCGGCUUCCGAAAGAAGAAAGAAGUCUCCCAGCUGGUUCCUGAUGGGGAGAAGCCCCACAAGUGCCAGGAGUGUGGGAAGAGCUUCAGGUGGAACUACGAACUGAUCAUCCACCAGAGGAGCCACACUGGGGAACGGCCCUACGAGUGUGAUCAGUGCAGGAAGAGGUUUCAGAGCAGCUCAAAUCUCCUCAAGCCCCAGCGCACGCACACAGAGGAGAGGCCCUUCCGCUGCCCCGACUGCGGGCAGGGCUUCAGGCAGAGCUCCCAUCUUGUCCUGCACCGGCGCAUCCACACUGGGGAGAGGCCCCACGAGUGUGAGGAAUGUGGGAAGAGCUUCAGCCAGAGCUGCACCCUGAUCCAGCACAAGAGAACCCACACUGGGGAACGGCCUCACGAGUGUGGGGAGUGUGGGAAGAGCUUCAGCCAGCGUUCCCACCUGAUCAUGCACCAAAAGAUCCACUCUGGGGAGAGGCCCUACGAGUGUUCCGAAUGUGGGAAAAGGUUUAGGAUUAGCUCUGAUCUCCUCCAGCACUAUCAGAGUCACACAGAGGAGAGGCCCUUCUGCUGCCCCGACUGCGGGAAGGGAUUCAGGCACAACUCCACCCUCGCCACCCACCGGCGCAUCCACACUGGGGAGAGGCCCUACGAGUGUCCCCAGUGUGGGAAGAGCUUCUCCAGGAGCUCUCACUUGACCAAACACCAACGGAGGCACCGGUGAGGGAAGCCCUGCGAGUGCCCCGAGUGCGGGAAGAGCUUCGUGCGCUGCUCCAGCUCCAUCCCCCACUGCAGGAGCCACGCUGGGCACAGCCCUGGUGACCCACAUUCCCUGUGA